AGAUAGCAAGGCACUUCCAUGGCUGAACUCCUGGCGGCUCUGCCAGGAUGAGGGAACAGACGGGUAAACGGAGUUGUCAUGGGCCCUUGGGGGUUGAUCAAGUGGCACCACUGACUCACAGAGAGAGAGAGAAAAAAAGAAGACGCAUGAAGAACCGACGACAGCGAAAACAACAAACACGAGUGACAAGAAGUAACUAAGGACAACAGAGCUCUUAUAAGUAACCGUGCAAGAGAAGCAGAGAGUGACGGGCACGCAGGGUGAGUGCUUCAUCCAGAGGGAGACUUCCUAAAGAGGCAGAGGCAGGAACCAACGAGAUCAUCCAGCCAGACCUGUCAGUCUCCUCGUCCUUCUGUCAUCAGUCGUCAUCGCUCCAGCCAGUGAGGAAGGGGCAGAGAAAUGAAGAGACCUCACGAUUACAGCUCUCCGGACUCGGACACCGACGAGUUCAUUGACGUGGGCCAAGAAGAUAGCUACUGCCCAGUCACUGGGUCCAUGUCUCCAGGCAGCGCCUCGCAGAUUCUGGCUCGAAAGAAGAGAAGAGGGAUCAUAGAGAAGAGGCGCAGAGACCGCAUCAACCACAGCUUGUCAGAGCUCCGUAGACUGGUGCCCAGCGCUUUUGAAAAACAGGGUUCAUCAAAGUUAGAGAAAGCAGAGAUUCUACAGAUGACAGUGGACCACCUCAAACUGCUGCAUGCCAUGGGAGGAAAAGGAUACUUUGAUGCGAGGGCUCUGGCAGUCGACUACAGGACCCUGGGCUUCAGGGAAUGCGUUGGAGAGGUGGUACGGUACCUCAGCUCACUUGAGGGGGACUCCCCAGACCCUAUAGGAGCUCGUCUGGUCUCCCACCUCUCUCACUGCGCGAGUGAGCUAGACCCUCUUCUCCUGCAGUCACCCCCAACUUCCGCCCUGCCCUUCGCUCCUUGGCCAUGGGCAUCCUUCCCUCAAAUCUCCCCUAACUCCCCAGCCUCCUCCUCCCCUCCUUUCCCCAGUGGGCGAAGGGAUCUGGCCCUGCUAGGGAGCUACCCAUCGCCCGCCUCCCUACGCCUCACCCCCCUGGCCGGGUGCCAGCAGGGUGCACCACAGCUCCUUGCACCUACAGCUCUUGCCACCGUCCACAGGGUGCCCUCCCUCGCAGCGUCUCCAGUCCUAGCCCCCUCCAGACCGCCACAGCCGUCUCCUCACAGCUCCAGCAGGGCCUCACCUCUACCUCUCUCAACCCCUUCCUCUUCCUCUCCUUCAACCUCCUCCUCUUCCACUUCCUCAUCCUCCGCCCCUCCACAAGUCUCUUUCAGGCCCUUUGCACCUAUGGGGUCUCCCACAGUCCAGCGCAGGGGCUUGAGCGGAUCAGCCAAGGCGGCCCAAGGAUGGGGGACUGAGAUCGGUGCUUUUUGAGGGUCAGCUCUUUAUUUGAGCGGACAUGGACCUCCCAUGUGCUCUAUGUAGCAAAUAUUGGUUCCUUUGGAGAAAGAAGUAUUCAACCUUUGAUGAUUGUUUCUGCUUCUAAAAAGCCAUAUCCGGUGAUGGGUAAAGUUUCAGACGAUCACAAUCAUAUGUUACGGAACAAAGAGGGAAUGUGAAUGAGUAGCUCUGAAUAAAGUCGUAUUGUUGAUUUUGCUUGACAAAUACACACAAAGAAGAGUGUCCACCAGAGCCAUAAUCACAGUAAAACACUCAACAGAGAGUGCGGUUGAGAUUUUACUGAUCCCAGAACUGUGAUGUUUCUGUUUUUCCAAAACAUUUAUACUUUUGAUCAUGCUUUCUGAAUGUUUGACAAAAUUUCUAUAAAGACCAAGUGCCUUUAUCUCUUUGCUCAAGUUUUCUGUGUUUUUCUCCGAUUAUAUCAGUAAACGCAAACAUGUAACUGCAGAUAUGCCAUCUGCUAUCAAUACAAAUGGGAAAGGAAUGGUUUAAAAAAAGAAAAGAAAAAAGACUGCAUGUUAGGCGUUUAUCCGUAUAUUAACUAUGCCUGCAAACACUGCCUGCAUGUUCCCCAGCCAUAACCCACUUGGUAUCUGAGCUGUUUCCAGUGACGGCUGAUGGGAGCUGUGGUCUUGUGGCUGCAGAGGAUAAACAUGGUGGGAGAUGGUGAUGUUUUUGGGAUGCCGCGGCGAGGCAAACAGGCCCAUCACUUUGCCCUCUAAUUGGCGGUCCCCUGUAAUUAACUUUACCCUCGUAUCAGUCUAUGUAUCUUCCUCUCCUCUGCUGUCUCUCUGCCAUUCUUUCUCUCCAAUCUUGCGGUACACCAGCGGAUAUCUUCUCUCCCUGUUUGUCUGCGCCACUGUCUCCUCAACAAUGGAGAGACAGAAAAGACGAGGGCGAAAAGGGAGGGAUGGAGAGAGAGGAGAGACAGACUGAGAGAGGGGAAAACAAAAGGAAAAGAUCUGAAGGGCUGUGGUUGAGUGACUGAUUUGGUGUAGACGUUCAAUAACAGGGUGGGAGGGAGGCAGGAGACAGGGUUACGGGGACUGCGAGGGUUUAAAAGGACAGGAAAAGAAGCAGUGUGAAUCACAGAGAGUGGGCCAACGUGUACGGGGUGCACGAGAAGCACCUGAAAGCUGAUGAAUGACACUUGCAACAAGCUUGUUUCUCAAAAACAUCAGCAUAAUUGUGCCAUGCUUCACCAAAACUGCUCUGCGGGGAUGAGAGGGCAGAGAAGAGCCUUGUGUGUGUUUACUGCUGGGGAACGCUUUGAUCUACUUCAGGAUGCAAUGUCUGUGGUCUGUGGUCCAAAAAUGUGUGUGUUCCGCAAAGUGCAUAUUGUUUAUUUGAGUGAGUGUGCUUUUGUGGGCUUGAGCCAGUCUCUUGCGCUUUCUUCUAUGUGUGUGUGUGUGUGCUUUGUUGAGUGUUUUGUUUAUGCAGUGUGCAUGGUCGUGUGUGUGUAUGUGUUUGUGUAAUGUGAGUAUUCAGGGCUGGCGUCAGGACUGAACCGCGGUGACGGCGUGGCUCUCGUGCGAUGCCGGCCGGCGGUCGGACCGACGGACAGUGUGGUGGUGGAAUGUUUGUGGAGGGUGUACGCACACACAUACACAUAAACACACACAGAUACGCACUCAGGCAUACAGACAACACACAACACAGACACACAUAGGCUGGCUGGCACUAUUCUAGCCCCUGCGUGGAGGAGCCAGAGUCACCACCACAGCUUCCAGGAAGGACAACCACAGUCACACUGUGCUGGGUUUCCCACGGGGGAGGGGAGAGAGUGAGGGUGGAGGGAUGUGCAAGGAAGGAGGGAAGGAAACUUUGGAGAAAGAAGGAGGAAAAUGCUGUGUGUAUGUGAGUGUGCAUGUAGGGCAACAGGACACGGUGCAAACUCAGUGAAGAAAAGAGGAGGGUUCAGCAAGCAGGAAGGAUGGCCGAAACAAAUCAGAGAGAGAACAAAGUAAACUCAGCCACAUCAAUGCAUCACAGCUGAUUUUUUUUAAUUACAUGUCUAUAGAUAUAAUUUUCCGAGAAUAGGAACAUGGUUCAUUUUUUGUUUGUCUGUGCCAUAGACAGGGGAGUAAAAGCCAGUCUUUCUAAUGGCCAGCCUGCAGAUGACAUGCAUGCAUCACUAUUGAUUUUUUAAAUUUUUAUAUAAUUUUAUAUAUAUAUAUAACUAAAUAUGUGUGGCUAACAUUAGCUUAGGCGACCCCAGCCCAUUGUUACUUCUUAAGGAUUUUGUGGGGCAGCUGUUGCACUCAUUGAAAUCAAAUAAAUCUGAUUAUCAUGAACUCCAAGUGAUAAAUUCCUCCUGUCUCAACCCACAUCUAAUUUAUCUGGGGUGAAUAACUGCCUGUCAGCUAAUGACGGACAAAUACUAUAAACAAAAGGCCCCAGAAACUCAACUUUCAAUUUAUCUAAUGAACAGAAAAUGAAAAAGCCAUCAGUUCUUUAUUUUUGGAAGGAAAAUCAAACUGACAAGCGGACCGACUACAAACCAGCUGAUAAUGUAAUAGCCAUGUCCAUCCUUACUAUACAGUUUUUUUCCAGGCUAACCCUAACCCUCAAACCACUGCACCACCGUACUGUUCUCAGGCCCAUGUUUUAAAGGUUUAAAGAAGCAUUCAGAUCCCCAGACGCUGUAUAACACUAUUACCCAAUAGGGUUUACUUAUUAGAUAAUGGUAGUGCCAGCAUAUAAAUCUAACGUAAAAAGAUCACUGAAAAUUAAAGUGAUUAGCACAUCCACUGGCAAGUAAAUGUCUAUACUGAACACAGUAUGAGCACCAGUGGUUUAUGCAGUUAAUUUAGUGACCUCUGCUGUCAAAACUACAAAGGUGCCAAAGCAAAGGAAGAACAUGUAGGGACAAAGAUUCAUUUCCUUCUAUCAAAAUGUAAUAAAACAAAUAAACUGCACAAUGCAAAAAUUGAUCAUUUAUAAACAUAUAACAACAAACAUUUGUAAACAGUUAAAAUUCAUUAAAACAAUGUUCACCCAGAAUUGCCACCUUGCACGUAUAUUCUCUGUUCACGUCACUGUUUGUUCAGGAUAGUGGACAUUAUAUUUGUUGCAUGAACUUUAAAACCACAAUUUUAGCUGAUUUUAUGUGAACAUAGUGCUGUAGCCCCGACAGCAGUUUCCAGUACACCUGUUACUGCAAAGUGGUUGAACUCCUGAUGUUUAGAAGAAAGUCCUCCAAAUUUAAAACAAGACGGGUACAUUUACUAGAACAGAGAGAAAUGUGCGUAUCUGGGAGUAUUUGACUGUUAACACUGUUAACGCUGAGUCCCGUCUGGACUACAAAUUUUCUCUUGAGAUGUUAGGAUGCCAGUAAACAUGUUCUUUCUUCGUCCAUGGUGUAAAGUAUUCACUUGAGGUUACAAACAUCUGCCACAAGGUGGAAGCAUUGCAAAGAGGAGUGGUUAUUCUUUACAAAUUUCGCCAACUGCAUCUUGGUCUAUGGUUUGUGUCAUGUUUAUUUAAGCUGGAGGUGGGCUUGCUCUGCAAUUAUCAGGCAAUAUUUUAAAGAGGCCGGUGUAUAUGUUUAUGUAGCUGUUGGUGUUAGAGAGCAUGUGGCUAGAGACUGCCAUGUCCUCACAUGUGUAGAGAUAUCCCAUUAUGAUUUGGUGGUCUGGGCUUGGCAUUAAUUUGCUUUGUUUCUCCUUUGUUUUCUCGUUUCUUUUGUAGCCAGAGCCACUGCCAAAUGCCCUGUACAUAUUUUCCAUAGUAUGUUUUUGCUUUUUUCUCCUUUCUGAAUGUUCUCUGUAUGUCAUUAAACUGCUGUA